CCCUGAGGGAUGACGACCCUUGGGGGUAGGAAGCCUCCAGCAGGCCCAGCCCUCCGUGUGCCAUGCCCUAUCCAGGUGGGACCAGCACGGCCACCAUCCUGUGUGCCCGGUCCAGCCCUCUGAGGGCAGCUGUGUGUCCCUGCUCCCACCUGACACCCAACCCUAACCCCACAGGCCACUCCCCGCCAGCUGUCAGCAGGGCCCUGCCCCGCCCGCAACCCCACAGGUGCCCAGAGGACUGCUCCCUCCGAGGGCGUGCAGGCGGAAGCGGGGCCUGGUGGCUGGGCCUCCCCCUCCCCAGUUGCCGUGCCUAGAGAGCUUCGCACCCACGAGGCCGUGGGCCAUCGGUCAGUGGGCAGGUGUUGGGGGCUGGACCCCAGAUACCUUAGGGGCUCCCUUUAGCCCAGAGUUUGUGAGGUCGACUGUCCCUGUAGUACCUGCUAAUGUGGGGACCAUACUGACCAUACUGCCCAGGGCCCCUCAUCUGACGGACCCACAGUGUGGCAGGUCCCGGCCUUCGGAGCCAAGGGCAUCGGUGACCUGCUCCUCUGCCAGGUGACCUGCCCCUCUGCCAAGCUAGAAUAUUUCCUGCUCAGUAUUGUGUGUGGGAGGGGCCUGGAGGGAGGCUGUCACCGUGCAGUUCAUGGGUGUGCAGAGCUGCCCAGAGCAGCAGCAGCAGCCUCUGGACAUUGGAGGUGGGGAGCACAAGGGUGUGCGCUUGCAUGGGGAAGCUGGACAUCCUGGGGACAGAAGGCUGCAGGCACUCAGGUGGUGCCCAUCUGGACCCAGGUACCUGGGGAGGGCUUGGCACCUCCAGCACUGCAGCGCAGAGGCCAGCAGGGCGGGGAGCCGCCAAUCUGCUCCUGCCCGGGCUGAACCGAGGCUUGAAUUCCGGGAGUUGUCUGCUGUGCGGGCCAGGGCUUGGGCUUUCUCCAGGCUUCAGCGCCAAGGCCUGCCAGGCCACCAGCUGCCCUUGGGCAGGUGUCCUGGAGAUGGGGGCUGGCAGGACCGGCCAGGUGCCCCCUGGACCCGGGUCCCCUCGUUAGACCCCAGGCCUGCCCUUGAGGCUGCAGAGAGCCCGUCACCUCGCGCCCAGCCACAGCCCCAACCUGGAGCCAGCGGGGCACACGCGUCCCCGGCCCACGGCGCGGCCCCUUUAAGUGCAGUCCUGCCAGUUGCCAUUGGGGGCAGCACUGAGCGGCCCGGCGGCCUCGCGCCGCUGCCUGGAAGCUUCUGCUGGUGCCGGGGACGCGGCGGCAGCGCGGGGGACGGCAGAGCUCGCCGGGCCUGCGCAGCCCACCGGGCAAGGUGGGGGAGCACCGCCCAGGUAAGGGGUCGAGGCCGCUGCCCCGCGGGUCUUUCGCAGGUGCGGCACCUGCAAGGAUGGGGGUGCCGCCCCUGGAGGACGCCGGCCCCCCACCCGGGCGCUCGGGGCAGGGGCCGGGCUGCUUGGCGGGGAGGCCACCCGCCGGGCUCAUUAGGCCUAGGACCCCGGCGAGGGCGGACUGUCCCAUCCCCACGGGCAGGGGUGUCGCCCGGUUUAGCUCCUCAUCACAGCAGCACCAAGGCCUGGCUGUCACCUCCCUGGGGCGGAGCCUCACACCCCGUCAUCCAGCCCCCAAUUCCGGCCUAGCUUUAAGAUGGAAGGGAGUGGGAGGGGGUGGUCCUGCAAACCAGGGGCAGUUGGGGUGCGCCUGAGGCCGAGCUGGGGGCAGGCACUGGGCCUGGGUGGCCUUGACCCAGGAGGGCAGCCCUGCCGGCAGGAAGCCCCUGGCACACCCGGGACACAGAGGGUCAAGCAGACCAGAGGUCCUACCAGAAAGUGGCACAGAAAGGAUGGUCUGGAUGAGGGGGCGGGACCUGAGUGGCCGGACAGCUGGCUUCCUCCUGCAGGUGCUUCUGACGCCAGCAUGGAGCAAGUCCCUGCGGCCUCGGCCAAGGCCCGUGGCCAGGGCUGCCCCGCCCACUGUGCCCCAGGGCGAAAGCCCCAAAAGGCCGAGUGAGCUGCAGCCUGGAGGCCUCUUUUAAGAUGACCCGCACGGACCCGCCGGACCUGCUGGUGUCGACCGUGUACCAGGACAUCAAGGUGGCGGCCCCGGGGCCCGUGUCGAGGCCCCCGCCAUGUGAGCGCCCAAUGGCCCGGCCUGCUGCGCCCGCGCCUUUCAACAAGCGCCACUGCCGCAGUUUCGAUUUCCUGGAGGCACUGGACCGGGAGGCCAUGGAGGCCCGUCCGGAGCCGCCGCCUCCGGAGCCCGCCGCGCCGCGCGCCCGAUCCCGCGACGGCGAGCCACGGCGCCGCGCCCGCUCCAAGAGCGCACCCCGUGCGGCCCCGGGCCUGGCGCCCGCACCCGCCUCGCCGCCUGUGCCGCCGCGCCGAGGCCGGGAGGCCCAGCGGGCGGCGCCGGCCGACGCAUCGCCCCGCCGGGAGCCCGCGUACCCCGCGCUGCGCGCGCUCGCCAACGAGCUGCACCCCAUCAAGCUGCAGCCUCAGCGGGGCGGCCCGGGCCGCAUGGCGCCCCUGUGCGCCGCCGCCAACCGCUGUGCGCCGGCCGAGCCACCCGCGGGGCCGGCCCCCCACGUCCGCUGCCGCCUGGACGUCAAGCCCGACGACGCGGUGCUGCAGCAUGCCGCCCGGAGCUCGAGGCCCUGCGGGCCCACCGAGACCGCGCCCUGGCCCCGCGCCGCCCCGCAGCUCCACGGCCUCACGGUGCCCGGGCCUCGCCACGUGGGACUUUCGCUCACCCCCACCCCCAGUGACUCAUACUGCGCCGACCCCCGGGCGCUGUACUGCGAUGGGCCCCUUCUCGGGCCGCGAGACUACGCGGAGCGCCGGAGUCUGCCCUUCACCACCCCGCCGGGCCCCACCCAAUUCUUCUACACCGAGGAACCCGAGGGCCACCCCGGUGGCUUCAUGGCCAGCCCUGGACCGCCCUUCGACAGCUACUACCCCAGGCCCUUUCUGUCCGAAGAGCCACCCGGGCCCAGUCCAAGACACGGGGGCAUCUACUAUGCGGGGGAAGUUCGCACCUUCCCCGUCCAAGAACCACCCUCCCGUUCCUACUACGGGGAGGCCCCCCGAGCCUACGGCCCGCCCUGCGGCCCCCGCUACGCCCCCGAAGAGCCCCGGGCUCACCCCGCCGCCCGCCCCUUUUACACUGAGGACUUCGGGCGGUACCGCAAUCGAGACGCCCUGACGCGGACUUACCCACACCCGCGCAGCAGCCCGGCCUGGGGCGACUGGGGCCCGAGGCCUUACCGCACCCUGCAGGUGGCGCCUCCUCCCCCGGACCCCGGCCCGUUGCUCGCCUCGUGGCACGGCGGCACUGGCACCAGCCCACCCCGGCUAGCGACCGACAGCCGCCACUACUCGCGCUCCUGGGACAACAUCCUGGCGCCCGCGCCGCGCCGCGAAGACCCACUGGGCCGCGGCCGCAGCUACGAGAACCUGCUGGGGCGCGAGGCACGGGAGCCGCGGGGCACAUCCCCCGAAGGCCGGCGUCCGCCCGUCAUAGUGAACCUGUCCACCUCGCCCAGACGCUACGCGGCGCUGUCGCUGUCCGAGACGUCGCUGUCGGAGAAGGGCCGUAUGGGCGAGGGCCUGGCCCGAAACUGGUACGUCACGCCGGAGAUCACCAUCACCGACAACGACCUGCGCGCGGCUGAGCGCCCGAGCGCCAGGAGCUGGGAGCUGCUGGGGAGUCGCCCGCGGCCGCCUCCGCCCGCCGUCCCCGAUGGCCCCGCCUCUGGCCGCCAGCGCAGCCUCGAACAGCUGGACGAGCUCAUCACCGAUCUGGUCAUCGACUCGCGGCCCCCAGCCGGCCAAGCGCCCGAGCCCGCGUCCGACGGCCUGGGCCGCCAGCUGCGGCGCCUGCUAGACUCGCGACCCUCGGGCGCCGGGGUCCCGACGCGGGCACCGCGCUCGCCACCCCUGUCUGCCGGCAGCGCUGAGGAGCCCGCGGGCCCGGGUCAGGCGGCCGACGCGUCCCCGGAGCCCAGCGCCGACGAGGAUGACCUGAUGACGUGCUCCAAUGCGCGCUGCGGGCGCACCGAGACCAUGUUCAACGCCUGCCUCUACUUCAAGUCCUGCCAUAGCUGCUACACCUACUACUGCUCGCGCCUCUGUCGCCGCGAGGAUUGGGACGUGCACAAGGUGCGCUGCGUGUACGGCCGCGUGGGCAGCGUGUGCCGCCACGUGUUGCAAUUCUGCCGCGAUAGCGGCCCAGUGCACCGCGCCUUCUCGCGCAUCGCGCGCGUCGGCUUCUUGUCGCGCGGCCGCGGCGUUCUCUUCCUGGGCUUCCCGAGUCCCGGCUCCGCAGACAACUUCCUGCGCUUCGGCCUCGAGGGGCUGCUGCUGUCGCCCACCUACCUGUCGCUGCGCGAGCUGGCCAUGCACGCGGCGCCACUGGGCAGCUAUGCUCGGGAGCUGGCGGCCGCCGGCCGCCUCUACGAGCCGGCGGAGUGCUUCCUGCUCAGCGUGUCCGUGGCCGUGGGCCCCGGCGCUGUGCCACCCGGCGCCCCUGCCCGGCCAGCUCCCGCGCCGCGCAGCCCCGGACCCACGGUGCGCAAGUUCGCCAAAGUGGCGCUGGCGGCCGGCAGCCCAGCACGGCCGCCUCCGGCGCGGGGCCGCGAACCCGACAUGGAGACGUUGAUCCUGACGCCGCCGCCCGGCACUGCGGGCCUGGACCAGGACGGCGAGGCGGGCCGGCGAGCACGCGAGGUGGCCUUCAUCCACAUCCAGCGAGAGCUGCGGCUCCGCGGCGUCUUCCUACGCCACGAGUUCCCGCGCGUCUACGAGCAGCUCUGCGAGUUCGUCGAAGCCAACCGGCGCUUCACACCCACCACCAUCUACCCCACGGACCGGCGCACAGGCCGUCCCUUCAUGUGCAUGAUCAUGGCCGCCUCCGAGCCACGCGCGCUAGACUGGGUGGCCAGUGCCAACCUGUUGGAUGACAUUAUGUGAGCCGCGAGGGCGCGCCCGGGGCCCGCCCAGUCCACCCAGGGCCCACCCUGAACCCCAUCCAGUCCACCCGAGCCCUGCCCAGUCCACUCAGGCCCCGCCCAGCUCGCCAAAAGCUCCGGCCCAUUGCGUUCUCCACAGGCUCCGCCUUUCCCUCCGCCUUCCUGCGAACCCCCUUCCCCCCCAAGCCCCAGCUCGGCUCCCUCUCCCCCAGCUCGCCUUCGGCCCUCCCCAAGGGCCGGUCCUCGGCCGCUUGGUGCUCCCCGCUGGGAGGCGGGGUGGGUCUGAGGACCAGCCCGCCCUGCCUUUACGCGGAGGGGUCACUGCUGCAGAUCCCACCGCGCAUAAUCGGUUCGUCCGACCCCUGUCCGUCUGCAGGGCCUCCCUGGAACCUCUCCAACCCCGGCUCGCCCUGGUCCAGGAGCCCGAGUCGACCAAAGCCUAGUCCCGUCCCUUUAAACACACUCCCCACCCGCCUCCUGUGGUCUGGGAUGCGUCCUGCUCAGAGGCCUUUCCCUUCUAGAGGACACCCUGAUUGGCCUCGGUGUGUCCGCAUCCCAAGCACGUCCUGGCCUGAUGGGCAGGGCCGGCGGGGACCUGCGCGUGGUGUCUCCGCUGGCCCCCAUCCCUGCUGUGCCGGACCAUGGCAAACUGACGGCGCUGCCCGCCCUGCUGCAGGGGUUGGGCAAGCAGCAGUGAAGGGGUACUCGGGGGUCCUCAGCCAAGGUGCAAGACACCCAGCCAGAGGGAAGGGAGUCCUGGGUGGGGGAAGCAGAGCGGACGUAUGGGUAGGGGCGCUGGCCAGACCUGAGAUCUGGCUGGGCGUGAGUCGGGCUGCCUGCCCUCACCCGACAGGAUGGCCCUAGGCGUGUGCCACGGCAGACCCGGGGUGCAAACGGCAGCGCAGGCCCUAACCACACAGGGAGGCAGGAAGCAGGUAUACAGGGAGGCAGGAAGCAGGUGCACAGGAUGGAUUUGCGGGAGGGGCCGAGGAGGCCGUCCAGCAGGGACCCUAUUCCUAGGCACAGGGAGGACCAAAGAAGAGGGGCGUUCCCAGUUUGGAGCAGGGCGGGGAAAGCGUGGAUGGGAGCAGGUUCGCCAGGGCGGUGGUCCACCGGAGGGGUGGGGGCGCGAUUAAACAAACGCCCCCGAACGCUCGCUCUAGCCGUGCCCUGUGGUGCGGCCAGGGGGCCCGGCUCCGGCCCUCGGGAGCGCACGCUCGAGUGUCCGUCCUUCCCCGCCCUACCCCGGGGUGCCCGCUGGCCCUGGCCCGGGCUCCAAGGAUGGCGAGUAACCUAGAGAGGGGGCAAGGCCGGGAGCCCGGAAGGGCCCUCCUGUAGCCCCCAGUCCCCCAUUGGGGCCAGGUGGGGCAUCGACUGAAUUAAAUUGUGGACCUCCCCCCCCAAAACCCCGCCUCUGUUCCCGGCCCUCGCCCCUGACCGUGCACCCGCGCCCAUCUCCCUCCCCUAAAUGCCUGUGCGCCCACCUCGGCUCCGAGCAUUUGCACCGGCCACGCGCCCCGCUUGCCCCACCCGCCUUCGCGGCCUCCCAAACUGGCCGCCGCGCCCCCCGGCCUGGGUGCCUCCGCCUUCUGCCCCGCGCCUGAGGGCCGGCCCUCCAGGAAGGACCCUGGGCCGGGAUUAUUUCCAGAGGGCGAGCGCUUUCGAACCAAGGAAAAUAAAACUCGAAUGUAGCCA